AUAAACAUGUCUACUUCACAUCGGACGUCAUUUUAAUUGCAAAACUUUUUCAAAUUUCUCCCAAAAUUUGUCAAAAUUUUCCACUAAAUUAUCGAUAAAUCAAAAAUACAAUAUCCAAAUUAAAGUGAUUGCUAAAUUCGAUGUGAAAAUGUGAUCGAUUAAAGUGGAAAAUUUCUUUGUGAAAAUCGAAUUUAUACCGAUUUCGAACGAGACCAAGUCCUCGAACAACAAUGAUAAAAGUGUGGACAAGGCUGGAAAUAAAUAACUAACAAAAUACUAAAGAAAAAAACCCAUUGAACUCUCCCCUGUGUGUACCUAACUCGCAUAACCAGAUCACCAUCUAGCACCAGCACCCCUUUGCGUUCCGUUCUUCCCUGUUUGCUCGUGUGUCGUGGAGCUGGGGUGAAAUAUUCUUGGAGAUAAUUCGGUUCCGUUUAGUGUUCCUCUUCGGCCAAGAUAAAAAAAAAACAAAAAUCAAUAAAAUUCUGAAACCCCCAAAAAUAACCCUCAUAUCAGUGAUAAGUCUUUUAAAACCCUUUCCAGGCUCAGACUUAAAAAGUCUCAGAGUCAUAAAGAACUUGGAAGACAAAAAAUAUGACUUCACUUGGAAGAAGAAGAAGAAGAAGUUUAAAUUUAAUAUUUACGCUCGGCUCUUGGUCUUGGUCGAGAACAACCUAAAUUGGCUAAUUUGAAAAAUAAAAAUUGUAAUGGAGAAUAUCUGACCGUGGCUUGCGCGAGUCUUCCACGUUCGUCGAAGGGAAUUUAAAUAAUUUUAUUUUUCAACUUAGCGUCAGCAACAAACCCAAAACAACAACAAACAAUUUGGCAAAUUGAGGUGUUUCGGUCAAGUAACAGAGAAAUUAAACUUGAAUUCUAAAAAGUCUGAUACUUAGUCUACACCUGCAAUCACCAAAUUUUAAAAGCUAAACAAAAAAUAGAAUAAAACAAAUCAGCAAAAUGGGUGGAAACGUACAAUGUCCCGUUUGUACACUUUUCCUGCUGCCAGGCAUGAAUUUGUCAGAUCAUCUGGAGACCCAUCCAAAAGAACAAGUUAUAAAAGCCUUGGUUCAAAUGAGUCUCAAAACCGAGACAACUGAAUCGACGGCAACAGCAACAACAACGGCAACGUCAACGCCAGACAACACACCUAAAAAAUCACCCAACAAAAGUUCUUCAUUCUCCGAGGCCGAUGAAACCUCCCAUCUGGCAACAGAAGAUGAGAGAACUUCUCCGAUAUCGGAGAUAAGUGGCAGUGUAAGCGACUGCGCAACUAGUUUGCUGGAACCAGCAACCACCAAACGAACUGAAAAAGAAAGCAAUAGCACUUUGUUUCAAAAUGCGACAACUUCAAAUAUUCUAAACCGUCAGGGGCAAGGAUAUAUAUUUGAAAAUAACAGUAGUAGCAGUAACAGCAGUAGCAAUACUUUCUUUGGACCACCGACUCCAUAUUAUCAACAUCAUCAACAGCAGCAGCAACAACAGCAACAAAAUCAUCAACAGCAACUGCAACAGCAGCAGCAACAACAACAUCAACAGCAGCAACACCAACAGCAGCAUCAUCAUCAACAACAGCAACAAAAUAUCAACCAUCAACAUCUAAAUCAUAACUAUCAACCCUAUCAUGGUCUCUCUCACGGUGGUGGAAACAAUAAUUUCACUGGCCACGGGCCAACACAUCCUCCAAUGCGACUCUUUUCCUAUCAACCAACACCCAAGCCAUUGCAGCCUCCACCUGCAUAUGGCGCCGCCAUAAGUCAACUACGAUCUCAAAAUAGCCAAAAUUUAAUGUCCAACACAGUUCAUCGGCCGUUGUAUUCCCCGGCAAACUACAACCUCACUCCAUCAGCGUCAUCGUCAGCUGCUUCUUCAUCAUUAUCAACCCCAUCGCGUCUGCCUCCUCCACUCCCGCCACCACCUCUCAACCAACGCUAUCAGUCGAACUUCGAAACCAUGGAUGCAUCCUUCACCGACACCGACGACACGAGUGCAAUAUCUCCACGUCGAACAUCUAUGACUCCCCCCAUCAGACCUCCUCCCCAGCUAUAUCGCUCACCCCAAUCUUCAUCGAAUGCCCCAUUCAGCCGACAGUCAAGCUCCCCCUACUCUGUUAUGUCGGGAUCACCAUCGGUAUUGCGAUUUGCUGAAUCGCCUGUCACAGCGCACUAUCUAGAGCGAGAAAAUGGGGACUUCAUUGUCCAGGAAACACCCAAGCACGUCGUGGAGUGUGUAGAGAAGGACGAUGGAGAAUUUUCUGUGAUCGAGCGAGUCUAUCAUAUGCCACCGAGUGUUGUUCAAAUAAACGAGGACGAAGAGGACGAUAUGUCCGAACAGGGAGCGAAUAGCGAAGAUGUCAAACUGCUCGUUGAGGACGAUCGUCCCAAUGAGUCUUGGACAAGUGGAGACUCAUCAGAUCAAGGGCAACCACCGGAGAGGACUGAGAAACAGCAGAAAAAAUCCAGCAUAACCGUACUCAGUGAUGUACAAUUAGACUUAAGCGAGUAUCUAGAUUUGAUGGGUAAUAUUAUAGCCUCCGGGAAGGUUGCUAAGACUCGAUCAGAAUUGAUAAAGGUCGAGAAGUUCGAACCCGAUGACGAGGUCAAGGAGGAGGACACAAUAUGUUUGGAUGAUGAUGAUAACGAAAGCUCCUCUCCUCCAAUGAGCAUCAAUCAGAAAUUCAAAGACACAGAGGAUUCAAGUAAUGAGCCAACUGCGUAUUGUCCUUUACCCUUACCAUCGGCUUUUUCGAACAUGGAUUCUUGUGCAUCUGCAGCGUCUGUGGCAGCACCGUCGUCGGUGACUCCAAUGACAACAAGCGUUAUCCGGCUAGCAGCAACUAGCAUUGCAAAAACCAGUUUACCUGCACCAGCAGCUCCAACAAAGAUUGAGGAGCCUAUUGAAGAAGAUGAACAAGAAGAAGAACAACAAUCCUCCUCGAACACAUCAAAAACAACAACGAAAAAGAUUGCAACAGAACAAAUGGAAGUAAGUAAUGUUGCGGUGAAGGCGGUGGCAGAGGAGGCAGCGUCGGCGGAGGAGGAAAACAAGCCUACAACUAGCCUUAAAAUAGAAAUAGACUCAACAAGCAAUAGUAAAUCAUCUUUAAUGGAUGUGGAAUUGGUUGGAACUAGCACCAGCACCAGCUCCAGCACUAACACACCACCUACAAAAAAGACUGACGAAGCAGCAAAAGCAACAAUUUUAGAAAAUUCAAUAUCAUCCCAAGCUCCAACAGACGACACAUCUGACAAAACCCAAAACAGAGACACUGCAAGUCUACCAUCGACUUCUUCGACUCAGAGUAGUGUUGGAAAGCGUCCCAUAAAGAAGGGCCCCAAAAAGCUUAUAAUUAAGCCAAAAAGUAAAGAUCCCAGCACAUCCAAAGCAUUAACAACAGAAAAAACGGUGGCAGCUUCAUUGAGAGAUACUGUCCCGCCGCCAAUUCAGAUUCCCAUUCAAAUGCCAAUGCCAAUCCCCAUACCAAUCCCAUCUACCUCGACUGAAGCUUCCAAAAUACAAGAAAAAGAGCAGAAACAAAAGCAACAACGACAGCAGCAACAGCAGCAGAAGGAAGAAUCACCCACAGAAGAUUCCUCAGCUCGAGGAGAUGGACUGAAUAGUAUUAAAAUCGAAAGUGUAUCUUCUGUUGCAUCGGAUCCGAUUCUCCUGAGGCCCCUGCUUGCCGACGCCGAUGAGAAACUUCCGCCCGAAGAUGAUGCACAACCCUCGACAUCGUCGAGGUUAAUAAUUUCAGAAGAGAAACGCGACGUAGAGGAUUAUGAUGAUGAUGACUUGGACGGGCAGAAACCCACCGCCGAUUUGACAGCAUUACUCGAUGAGUGUCUGAAGAAGGAGGAAGAAGAAGACCAUCCUAUGCAUUCGAUCUUCGGAAUGGACAUCAGAGCUACCGAGCAAACUCUCAACAACGCACUGACUCCACCACCGCCGUCGACGACGACAGAAUUCCCAUCUUCUUCUUUGUUUGCGAAGCCCCUGACAGCAACGACUUCCGAGAACCUAUCGAUUCCCGAAUCGAUGCUUCUCGACGGCAGUAAUUUACACGAGCCCGAUGAUCACCAUCUGCACUCCCACCCGCACCCCCAUCAGCAACAGGAACACCAGCAAGCUAGUUCCUCAAAUUUUGUAGAAUAUCCAUUCAGUUUCCUGUAUGGCGGCGAGGCGAAUCACCAAGAGGAGGAUGAUAAACACAACAUCCCAGCCCCAAUCUACUGCACCGAGGACUUCAACAAAUACAGCGUGAGCACAAGUGGAGGUAACAGUGCCAGCUGCACCUGGUACCAGUCACAAAGCAGUGAAAAUGACUUCGAGAUGGACGGCAAAGGAAGCUACCUAGAUUUGGAUUCGUGCAAGCGCAGUACCUCUUUCGCAGCUGCCACCGAGGGCAGCAUGCCCACUUCAGACGCACUCAACAUAAGGACAGAUGAAAAGAUGCCAGCAAAAGGCGAGAUCUCAGAGCAGGAGAGUAACUGUGGUGUGGAAAAUUCAUGGAGCCAACCUCUUUACAAUGAGUUCGCAGUUCGUUUCCCAAACCCCUACCAGAACUUUAUGUCGAACCACGAGAGCUGGAGCCAGGAUCACUACUUCCGCCCACAGGAUUUAAGUUCAUCUGUUGAAACGAAAAAUUUCCCUUUGCGUUCAACGGAAGAACCGUCAGCAGUUAUUGACGCCCUUCCAUCGACUUCAAAGCGAAAGACUAGAGAUAGCGCGAUAGCGAAAUUGCCGCGCAAGAAGAACUUCCAGUGCACCCACUGCAACACCCACUUCCCACUGCUUAAGGAGAAGAACGCACAUAUGAUAAAGCAACACGGUUAUAAGCGAGUUAACCGCCGACUGAUUCGUGACCCACCGACGUCAACCGUAACUACAGCAACUCUCAAUGCUACUGACCCUGCUGGCGUGGGAGCUGGUUCCUUGCUAUUGGGCUUAGACGGACCUUUGCCAGUUGGCGACGAUGAGGACUCCAAAGCGGCAAUUGUAAAAAUCGAACAAGAGAACCAAGAUUGCAAGAACAAGAAUUCAUCCACCAACCUGGCGAUAAGUAGCAAAAAAGUUUCCUCCUCAACCUCGGCGGCAGCGGCAAACAGUGGAACCAACGCAUCACGCACCAAAUACGACUCGAUGCGGGCCCGAGACAAUAGAAUGCUCAUCAACUUCAAUUUGAGUGCGCUCAACGUGAAGAACGAGGGCGAAGUGCACAACUAUUAUCUCGAGUCCAAAUCGUCAUUCUGCUGCUUCGUUUGCAAGCGGGACUUCCUUACGGUCAAGCUGUUUGACGAGCAUUUAGUUGAACAUCCCGCCGAAUGUUUUACAUGCCACAAAAAGUUCACCCGAUGGAAAAACUUUAUGGUCCAUCUGAAGCGUCAUUUGGGCUGGAAGGACUUCGCAUGCACUUACUGCGAGAAGAAAUUCGUCAUACGCAGCGCCCUUGUGGAGCACAUGCGGAUGCACACCGGCCAGACGCCCCUCAAAUGCAAGAUCUGCGGCAAGAGCUUCAAGCGUUAUUCGAACCUCACCCAGCAUCGCAAGCGACAUGGCACCAAAAUCAAUCGUUCCAAAGAGUACGUUUGCUUCUGCGGUGAGGUCCUACCAUCGAAAGCUCGCUUUAUCUGGCAUAAAGAGACGCACGAUCUGAAGCCCAAAUGCUGCCCCUACUGCAGAGACAGGUUUGUCCAUGCGAACAGUCUGAGGCGGCACAUACGACUGGCGCACUCCGACAAGUUCGACUACACCGAACCGAUGGAGUGUCCGAUGUGCAAACAGAUCUACGCUAAAUCCAGCAUCAAGGCCCACAUGGCGACGCACUCGAUAGACACGCAGCAUGAGUGCCUCAUCUGCAGCAAGUCCUUCAGUACGAAGUGGAAUCUGAAGAUACACAAUUGGGUACACGCCAACCGCACGACAAAGCCCUUCAAGUGCGAGCAAUGUGUGAAGGCGUUUGUGCGCGAGGUCGACUACAACAAUCACAUCAACUCGCACAAACAGAUCAAGCCCUACACUUGCGAGCACUGCGGCUGCAAGUUCAUCCGCAAGUACAACUACAUUCGUCACAGACGCGAGCACCACGGCAACAAGAAGUUCACCUGUGAUCUGUGCGGCAAGCUCUUCCACCGGCACUAUUAUCUGAUCGAGCAUCGGCGCAUCCACACCGGCGAGCGGCCAUUCCAGUGCACGAUAUGCGGCAAGAGUUCCACAACAAAGACUAACCACAACAAACAUCUGAAGAUUCAUCAUUCGCGGGAUCCCUUCACCUCGGAGGCGUAAAGUAUUAAAUAUUUUAUAAACCUUCUCCUAUAAUUAAAUAAUUAAUAAUAAUAAUUAAUUAGUAACAAUAUUUUAAUUAAUAUUUAAAAAAACAAAACAAGUUGUCUCUUACUACCUUUGGUACAUUUAUAUUAUUUUAUUUUUAUUUUCUAACCGAUAAUAUUUUGUUUUCUUUUUGUUUUUAAUUUUUGAAUUAUUAUUUUUUUUUAUUUUUUGGUUUUUUUAUUAGUUUUGAUUUUUAUUAAGGUAUUUUUUCUCCUACACUUCAGUGCAAUCGUUGUUAUUAGUAAUUUUUUGAAUUAGAUUUGUUUUUGUAAUAUUAAGUAGUGACGCAGAGAUAUGGUUAAAAAUUAAGAACUGUGAGUGAGAUUGUAAAGAAAAACAAACAAAACAAAACAGAAAACAAAAAUGGGUGGUGUUUGAGUAUUUGGUUUUAUUUUUCACAUUUUCGUUUAAAGUUUUUGUGUUUUUAUCUUGUAAAGUUUAGAAAAGAAGGUUUUUUUUGAAAAAGUUUAUUUUCACGGAAAUUGUUGUAGGUUGAAAGUUUUUUUGGUUAAUAGCUUUGUUGUUUUUUCAAGUUGUUCCCUCAUUAUUUUAUACGUACUCCCAGGCUUAAAGUCUAAAAAAUGUAACCUUUUGGAGACGAAAUUCACAUCAAUAUUGCUUUUAAGCGACGGUCGACACCAACAUUUUUCAUUAGGCGGUCUUAACAGUAGUUUUUUUAAGUAAAUUCAUUUCCAUCGUUAGAAAAGUGAAGCAUACUUAGGAGCUAUUUAUUUAUUGACCUAUAUGAUGAGGCAUUUCAAAGAAUACCCAAGUAAAUAAGAAAAUCGAGUUAGAUUGUAAAAUAAAAUGGUUUCGUCGAAAAAUGGUUUUAAUAAUUCUGGAAGUCUUAUUUCAAGAAAAGAAAACAAAAAAAACGUGGUUUAUUUCUUGGGAAGAUUUUGAAUAAUUUAGCAGACGUGUGAAAAUUCCGUUAUUCAUCUUUAGUUGUCUCACCUUCUAUGUUCCUUUAAUUAAUUUAAUUGUAUGCUCAAUCUUAAAGUUGAAAAAUGUUAAAUUUUUAAGACAAUAUUCUCGGUGCAAUUGCUUAGCAGCGACAAUCCAUUCAAUACACUACCUUAAAUGUAGUCUUUCGAAAAGUUUCAUCCCCAAUUGUUAUAAAGUACUGCAGGCUUUAAGCUUCUCAUUUAAAGAUACCUACUAUGUCAAAAGAACUACACGCAGUUAUGCAUUUCAACCGGGGGAAAAUAUUUCUGUAAAAUGUCGUAGUUCGACCUUUAGAACAACUCUUAGCGUUUCUGAUUUUACAGAAGAAACAAAAAAUAUGAUAUACAAGUAUUGAAGACCAAUGACAUUGACAUCAUAUCAAGGCCUCUAGCUUUGAAACUAUCGUUCUUGAGCUUAGAAGGUAUUUUUCAUUGGAUCCAGAGAAGAAAAUUAUUUGCAAAAAAAUGGGUCAAUACCAAAAAAGUGAAAUUUUCUGGGUUACGAGAUAUUCAAUCUACAGCGACGACAAGAACCUGAGUUUAUAAGAUUUUAAGUCACAAGCUCUGUUCAGUUUUUUUUUUCUUUUUGAUGGACUUGAACAGGUAUUUGAACUUAAUAUAACACAUAAAUUCAAAUAAAAGGAAUAAAAUUGUUUUUCCAUCUGCGUAUUGACAUUUUUUCCCUAAGUUUAUGGAUCUUGUUUAAGAAUAAAUAAUACAAAACUCUUGAAAUUCAAAAAUGAACCAAGAUGGGUCAAGUAUGAAUUAUAUUUCAAUAAUUCCACUGCUAAACAUCACAAACAAAGUCGUUUUAAGAUAAAAAUCUUACAUUUCGUUCCUCAGAAGCAAAAGUGCCAUAAGUCUAAGUUUUUGUUUUCAUUGGUAAAUCGGUUCAUUAUGUUAUAAAAUCAAAUAUAAAAUUAUGUAAAUAAUUUACUUUAUGGACAUUUUUUAAGGAAUGGAUUUUACAAACAAUAAUUAUUGUCUGCAGGAAAGUUCAGGGGGGUCAUUCCGUAUCCGUAAAACAAUUAUCGUAAGUCGAUAAUCGUCAAAGUGAUAUCACCAAAACGAUAGCGUUUGCACGAAAGCUAAAUAGAUAUCAUCUAUCAUUGAUUUCCGAACAGUAUGUGGGGUAAACUUAAUUGAGUUUAGUUUCAAAGAAUAAGUUUGGACUUUUUGCCAAUGUAACAUGUGGUUCCUCUUUUGGUGCAUCUUUGGUACAUUUCCUUUUCUGUAUGUAUGAUCAGAUAUUUCCCCAUAGUUGUUACAAAAAUGAUUACUAGCACUUUUUGUAAGAUCUUUUCCAUUUAACAGAUAUUUCCUACAACACUUUCAAAACUCCCAAAUUUUGUUUAUAGAUAGUAUUUAAUAAAGCAGCAGUUGACUUAAGCAAGAUUGAUCUGUAUGCAAAGAAUCAGAAUAGAUGCGGCCCUUGAACAGAUUUUCAUUACAAACGUGAAGUGCAUCCGUCUUAGAUUUCGUUACGACAUUUAUUUGAAUUUUUAUCAUAGAAUGUAAAUAAGACGCAUAUUUAAACUUUUAGGAAUUUUACUCUAACCCAAAAACAUUAAUUAAUUUGAGGAAGAUAAAUUUGCAAAUUCAUAAUAAUAAGAAUUCUUUUGUCACAACUAAAUGCGCUUUUGUCGUAAUAUGGUCUACCUAGGUCCCAGAUACGAGACUUAUGAGCAUUUUGUUUGUCCUAAGCAAUGGGAGUUAUACACCCAUAUCACGAACUCCAUGGUAAUCGGAAACUUUUAAGAACUCCAACAAAAACUGUUACCAAAUACGUUCGUAGUGAAAUCUCAUUUAAUGUUGGUUUUUCGGAAUUCAUAAAAGUUUCCGACUACGAUAAAAUUCUUGAUGGAUCUGACUUUAAUAUCUUAAAUAUACCAAAGAAACCGUGCCUCUCACUGUAGUAAAGAAAAAAGAGUUAAACUAAAUGGCAAAAGAAAAGAACAAAACGUUUUAAAUUUAAAUAAACACUGACAGAAUAUUCAAUUUUGUUUUUAAAUUUUACAUGAACUACAUCAAGAAUUUCUUUGUUUGUUGUUUGUUAUUGUGAGCUGUGGUUAUAAAUACAUUUUGAUGUCGGGUACUUUAUAAAUACCACAUAUAAAUCCGGUUGGAAUUAUUCUUGAUCAACGUUUUAUACCUUAUGUGUGGCCACAAUACCUAAAACUAUUUCCAUUUAUUGAAUUCACUAAAUGGAAUAAAAAUAGUUAGCAUUUCAAUCGUGUUAUUGACUUUUAUUGGGCAUUGGUUCAAACUUUAUUUUAUUUUGGGGUUGACUUCGUCAAGUAACCAAUACUGUAAUUAAAAUAGAACAAUACUGCAUUUAAAAUUUGCUCUAAUUGCAAUCAUGUCCUGAAACCAACUGGUCUACAGCAGAAAUAGGGUAUUUUCAUAAACGUCCAAAAUCUGCGUUAAUACAAUCUUCUUUUUGCUUUGUUGCACUAUUCAAUUUUAAGUAGUCACUGAAAACAUUAGACAGAAAUCAGAAAUGUCCACGAUAAUUUUGUUUACAUCCCGGACUUCAAAGGCUAAGGAUUUUUAGGCCCUUAGGGGCCGGUUAUAGCUAUCAGUAAAAUUUGAAAUAGGAGGAAUCUGAAAUGUUUUACUGAUGAGCGUUUAUAUCGUGCCUCAGUAAAAUUUUUAAUGAUGUGAUCGGAACAGUAAAAACUUGGAACACCAACAGUAAAAUAGAAUGGAAUUUUUUUGGAUUAUUACAGUCAGCUGUUCAGUAAAAUGAAAUUUCAUCAUUAAAAAAAAAAACAAAAAUUUUACUGAUGGAUUUUACUGAAAGCUGUAACCGGCCCCUUAUUACAAAAGCGAAUCCAAGUAAAAGUUUCAUUUUAGCCACAUUCCACACCGCAUCUUUUUUUUUCCUUGAAAAGAAAUUUAUAUUUUUCGUUCUUCAUAUUUUACUUUUAUCUCCUACGCUUGGAAAAUUGUAACGAUCUGAAGAUUAUGUAUAAUCUUCUGCAAAUUCAUCGAUAGCAAAUUUCAUUUUAUGAACAUGUCUAAAGCAGGUCGAAGUUGGGUAAACGUUUUUUUUACGAAAACACCCAUACUCCAUUAUAAUAAUAGCAACUGAUUUUUUUUCUUAAGGAUUAAAGUACCACAUUUAAGUUGCAAUGCUUUAAAGAUUGUUUUCUUGGAAGGCUUGUGUUUAUUCUCUUUAAUCUAUCUCUUAAUUAAAUCGUUCUCAAUAUGAUUUAGGCCCAGUGUUGUUAAGAUUGAAAAUACCACUUAAAAAACACCAUUUUUCUUUAGCGUUAUCUUGCUGAAAAUCCCACCUAAGAGGCAUAUUUUUAUUGGAAAUAUUCUGUAGUAAAAAGUUAACAUAAAUGACUUUCAUCCAUAACAAAAAUUAAACACACAUAAACCCAAGAAAAGCAAUCCUUUAGUGUUAAGUUGUGUCGCCUUAAAGUUAGUAGUUUCGUUUCAUGAGCUUGGUGUUGAACGUAAACUCCUCGCCACAUCAAUAGAACACCCUUAGGAUUUUUUUUCUAUCUUCCAUAGUUCCCAAACCAAACAUGCUAGAGACCUACUUUUUUUUAAAUCUUAGGUUCAGUUAAUUGUUUUUAUUUUACCUGAAAAAGAUUUAAUGCUAAGGAUUUAAGUAUUAAUGAAAAAUUAUUGAUCAAAAACAGGCAAACUGCGAGGUCCAAAUUUCGCACCACUUGAAUGGGACACUUUAAUAAAAAAAAAAACAUUUUAGAGUAUUAUUAUUCUUUUUAUUAAGAAUGUUACUUUAAUUGGAGAUAACUGGAGAAUUUUAUUUAACAAACAAAAAUGUUUUAAUAGUGUGUUGAGCCACCUUUCUGCUCCAAAACAUCACACAUCCUGUUUGGAAGGGAUGCAUACAAACUGUCCAAAUAAUUUAGCGAAAUCAAGCUCCAAGCCAAUUCGAUGGCUUGGGUUAGUUCGGAUAUAGUUGAAUAUUGUUUUCCUGAUCCGUAUACUUGACGUGUCAGCCAUCCCCAAACAUUUUCUAUGAUAUUGAAGUCCGGUGAGUAGGGCGGCCAGCUUAAUAGCUCCACAUUUUGGUAUCGUAUAUACAGAUUUAACUACCCGGGAUGUGUAUCGGCGCAUUUUCAUGUUGAUAAAUCCAGGACAGGAUCCAAAAAGGGUUUGAAAGUAUAGAAAGGCCUCUUUCAAUAAACAUUUGUAAGACAACGCAUUCAUUCUUGUUCACACAAAAUGUCGUUUGCAGG